AUGCGGCGCUGGCUGCGCGGCUGGGUGCUCCCCACCGCGGCCUGUUACGAUUACGGUGAUGACUACUUACCCUACGGGAUCCUCUUCGAAGACCUGGACCGCAAUGGGGACGGCGUGGUGGACAUCCAGGAGCUCAGGGAGGGGCUGAAUAACUGGAGCUCCAGCUUUGGCAUGAAUGCGGAGAAGGCAAUUUUGAAGGCCGGAGACACCAACAAGGAUUCAGAAUUGGACUUUGGAGAGUUUUUGCGUUACCUUCAAGACCAUGAGAAAAAAAUGAGACUGGCAUUUAAUAGUCUGGACAAAAAUAAAGAUGGAGUUAUAGAAGUUUCAGAAUUAGCUGAUGCUUUGAAAUCUCUUGGUAUGCCUGUUUCUGAAGCUCAGGCAACCACAAUUCUUCAAAGCAUAGAUACUGAUGGGACAAUGACAAUAGACUGGGAUGAAUGGAAGUACUACUUUUUACUUCAUCCUGCAACAGAUAUCACUGAGAUUAUUCGUUUCUGGAAGCGUUCUACUAUGAUUGACAUCGGAGAAAGUAUAUCUAUUCCAGAUGAGUUUACCGAACAUGAAAAACAGUCUGGACGGUGGUGGAAACGUUUGGUGUCAGCAGGAAUAGCUAGUGCAGUGGCACGGACAUGCACGGCACCUUUUGACCGUUUGAAAGUCAUGAUGCAGGUUCAUAGUUCACAGACAACGAGAAUGAGAUUGAUUAGUGGGUUUGAGCAAAUGAUAAAAGAAGGAGGAAUUUUUUCUCUUUGGCGAGGAAAUGGUGUAAAUAUUUUUAAAAUUGCACCAGAGACGGCACUCAAGGUCGGGGCAUAUGAACAGUAUAAGAAAUGGCUUAGUUUUGAUGGUUCUCAACCAGGAAUUUCUGAAAGAUUUAUAUCUGGGUCAUUGGCUGGUGUAACUGCCCAGACCUGUAUUUACCCCAUGGAGGUACUAAAGACCAGACUAGCUGUAGGUAAAACUGGAGAGUAUUCAGGGAUUACUGAUUGUGGCAAGAAGCUUCUGAGACGGGAAGGUGUCAGAACCUUUUUCAAAGGUUAUAUUCCUAACUUAUUAGGUAUUAUACCUUAUGCAGGCUUAGAUUUUGCUGUUUAUGAGGUUUUAAAGAAUUAUUGGAUAGAACAUUAUUCAAGAAACUCUGUAAAUCCUGGGAUAGUGAUUUUGCUGGGGUGUAGUACAUUGUCUCACACCUGUGGUCAGUUAGCCAGCUUCCCUAUGUACCUGCUUAGAACGCGCAUGCAGGCUGAAACCACAGAAAAAGGAGAACCAGUUUCUAUGAUUAAGCUCAUACAAGAAAUACAUAGCACAGAAGGAAAACGGGGAUUUUUCAGGGGUAUCACUCCAAACAUCAUAAAGUUGCUUCCUGCGGUAGGCAUCGGCUGUGUGGCUUUCGAAAAAGUGAUGCCACUUUUCGAUUUAAUCUAG